CGCGAGCGGUCGUGCACACAACCGGAGUCGACCAUGCCCAUCGGCUAUGGCGCCGAGCCCGAGAUGGUGUGGGCCAACCCCAAGUGCACGGGCGAAGUCCCGAACAAGCGGUCGGGCCACUCGCUCACGCUGCGCGGAUCCGAGUCGGCGCUGUACCUUUUCGGCGGCUGCGACCACAAGAUCCCGCCGGGUCCGAGCAACGACCUCUUUCGCCUCGACAUGGCAAACGGCUUUGCGUGGUCGCGCGUCCAGGCCGCGUCGAGCGCACCCGAGGACGCGCCACCGCCGCGCUGGCGACACACGGCCAUCAUGUACAACGAGCGCCGGCUCGUGGUGUUUGGCGGGUUUGCGGCCGAGAAGCGCAUGAACGACUGCUGGAUCUUUGACUGCGAGACCAAGCUCUGGGAACAACAGCACGCGCAGAACUUUUGGGAGGGCCUGCCGCAGUGCCGCGGGUCGCACAGCGCGACGCUCGUCGAGCACAAGAUGUACAUCUUUGGCGGCUACGGCGGCAACGGGUACGGGCGCACGGACUUUAACGACCUCCACGCGCUCGACCUCCGCAGCAUGAAGUGGGAAGAGAUCCUCACCGAAGGCGAGAAGCCCGAGCCGCGCUCGUCCCACCAGACAUGUCUCAUCGACAACAACCUCUUUGUCAUUGGCGGCUGGAACUCGGUCAAGCAAUUCAACGACCUCUUCGUGCUCGAUCUGCAAACCAACACGUGGAGCGCGCCGGACUCGAAGCUCCACGUGCCGACUUGGAAUCACGCGUGUGUUGGCGUCCAGGCCGUGCCCCACUGGAAGAUCUUUAUGUUUGGCGGCACGUCCGGCGACCUCGCCGAGUCGGGCAACUCGCAAGGCGCGUACCUCAACAACGUCAGUGUUCUCGACACGGGCACGAUGCAGUGGCGCGAGCCGGCGCUCAAGGGCGACGCGCCGCUGCCGCGCGCCGAUACGGCCAUGAUCUACGACCCGGUGGCGUACAAGUUGGUGCUCUUUGGCGGUUGGGCCAACCGCUGGUUUGGCGACGUCCACGUUCUCCAAGUCAACGAGAUCGUCGGGCCGCCGUACUCGGUCGCGUCGAUUGCACCGGCGUCCGGCCCCAUCACGGGCAACACGCGCGUUAAAGUGUUGGGCUACAACUUUACCGGCUCGAGCGCCACGGUUCGGUUUGCGGUGGCCAAAGGAUUCUUGGACGUCCAGGGCCAAGUGCUCGGACCGACCGCCGUGCAAGUGACGACACCCAACUUUGAUAAAUACGGGCCGCUCGCGACCGAAGUCCGCGUCUCGUUGCCCGGCGACUCGUACACCAACAUCGCCACGUCGUUCAAGUUUCACAGUGUCACAAGCGCGCCCAAGAGCAUGGCGUACGGCCCAUGCGUCAUGUUCUCGCUGAGCAGCUUGAUCAUGGCGAACGAGCCGACGUCGUUCGUGCUCCAGUCGAUCGACAAGGAUGGAAUCGCACGCGACUGCGGCGGUGACGUCUACCACGUCACGCUGGUGCCGCGCACCGCCGACGGCACGGACGAUGUCGAGAGCACAAUCGAGAUUACGACGAUCGUGGACAAAGGCGACGGGCGCUACAUUGUCACGUUCAUCCCGCCCGCCGCCGGCAAGUACAUGGUCCACGUCACGUUUGAAGGGACGUUUGACGGCAUUGCGGGUCCGAUUCGCGGGUCGCCGUUCGCCUGCUGCUUCCAGCCUCCGUCCGACGAGAUGGCGAUCCGCUGCGUCCCAAGUGUCGCGAAAGAAGACGACUUCAACUCGUCCGACCUCAUCCGCAAACUCUACACCGACACGACCAAGCGCGCGGGCGACUACAAGCGCGUGCUCAAAGAGCUCAAGGCGGACAUUCCGAGCAACGACGCGGACGGCCUCGAGGCGCUCAAGAAGAUCAAGGACCUCGUGCGGAAGCUCGAGACGGACCGAGCGGCCAACCAGCUGCUGCAGGAGCAGACGGCGCACCUCUUCCAGUACAUGAAGAAGAUUGGCGGGCACGUCGAUAAGGAAGCCGCGGACGUCGACAACCUCAUCAAGCUCUACCAUGACAUUCAAGUGCAAGUGCCCGAGACGGAGACGCGCGUCACCGAGCCGACGCGGAUCUUCUCGGAAAAGACCGAGGCGACGAUCGCCGAGUACGAGACCAAAGUCAAAAAGUGGCAGGCAAGCAUCAAGACGCUCGACUUUUGGGACUCGAAACUCGAGCCUGCCAAGGCGCUCGAGAAGAUUGAGAUGCAGCUCGUCGAGUGGGAGAAUGAAAAGAAGCGCUGUGCGGAGAAGAGCGACUUGAGCCACGUCUUUGGGUUCCCCCAGCGCAUGAACGAAACCCACGCUACGAUGGCCGCGAUCCGAUCCGACUUUGACGGCGCCAAGGCCGUGUGGGCCAUCGUCAAGCGCACGAAAGCGUUCUUUGCGUCCACCCACGAGAUCCUGUGGAAGGACGUCGACUGCAACGUGCUCGCGAUGGAGACGCAAGCCGUCUUGAAGGAACUCAAGAAGAUCCCGCGCGACAUUCAGUGGUGCGACGCGUACAAGGUCAUUUUGAAAGAAACCCAGGGCUUUGACAAGACGCACCCGCUCCUCCGGUGUCUCUCGUCGAGCUACAUGCGACCGCGGCACUGGAAGCGCAUCAUGGGCCACACGGGCGAGUUCACGCCACCAGACGCGGACCCGGACCAAAAGCUGGGGUUUCUCUUGAGCAAGCGCCUGCACGAGUAUGCGAGUGAGAUUGGCGAGAUUGCGUACGAAGCCGAGAAGGAGCAGGAGCUCGAGCUCAAGCUUGUCGAGCUCGAAGAGACGUGGGCGCUCGUGGAGUGGGAGAUGUCGCCGUACAACCCGACGGACCCGGUCGAGAAGCAAGUGCCCCUGCUCAAGAUCUCGGAGGACAACUUUGAGCUGCUCGAAACCAACCAGAUUGACUGCCAAGCCAUGACGUCGUCGCCGUAUCAAGGUGACUUUGAGGCGCGCGUCACCGAUAUGCACGAAGGCCUCGCAUCCGUGAAUGAAGUCGUCGUCAUCCUCGGCGACAUCCAGCGCUCGUGGAGCUACCUCGAGCCGCUCUUUAUCCAGAGCGAAGAAGUCAAGAACCAGCUGCCGGCGCUCACAGCCGACUUUGAGGACAUCGACGUCGAGGUCCGCCGCAUUUUGCGCGAAGCUUGGGUGACCAAGAACGUCAAAGUGGCGUGUACCGUCCCCGGUCUCUUCAAGCUUCUUGAGUCCAUCGUCGAGAAGCUUGAGCUCUGCAAGCACCGGCUCAAGGAGUUCCUCGACGGCCGUCGGCGCCAAUUUCCGCGCUUUUACUUUAUGUCGGAGGCCGAUCUCCUCGACAUCUUGUCCAACGGGUCCAACCCCGCCAAGAUCAUGCCGCACGCGUCCAAGAUCUAUCUCGCAUGCAAGACGAUGAACUUGGUGCCGGCGCCGACGGGCCGUCCGACGGCCGUCGCGUUCGUCUCGGGCGUCGGGCACGAAAUCGUCGACUUUACCGAGCCCGUGCUCUUGGACGGCGAGGCUGAGAUCUACCUCGAGGCGCUCUUGAAGGCCAUGAAGUACACGCUCUUCAAGCACAUUGAACGCUCGCUCGUGCUCUACACAACCGAGCCGCGCGUCGAGUGGAUCAACUACAAGGACCCAUCGGGGAAGCCUCUGGACGCAGCCCAAAUCAUCUUGCUUUCAGCGGGUAUCCACUACGUCAAGGAAGUCGAGGCCGCAUUCCGGGCCAUGGGCGGCGGGGACCGCGAAGCGCUCACGCGCUACAACACAAAGCAGGAAGGGCAACUCGAGGAUUUGAUCAAGCUCACGCAGAGUAAGAUCUCGAAUGCCGAGCGCCAGCGCGUCAUGUGUUUGAUCACCAUGGACGCACACGGCCGCGAUAUCGUUGCCAAUAUGAUCCGCGCCGGUGUCGACGACGCGACGAGCUUCAUGUGGCAGUCGCAGCUCAAACACUAUUUUUCGCCGUGCCAAGGCAGCUUUCUCAACCGGGACCAAAACUUUCGCGGCCCCAACAACGCGCGCGCCCAAGUGCUCAUUUGCGACGCCGGGAUUCCGUACGACUACGAGUACCUCGGGAACGGUCCGCGGCUUGUCAUUACGCCGCUCACGGAUCGUAUUUACGUCACGGCGACGCAAGCGCUCAACCUCAAGAUGGGAUGUGCGCCCGCGGGGCCAGCAGGAACGGGCAAGACCGAGACCACGAAAGAUCUCGCCAACGCGCUCGGGAAGGCCUGCUAUGUCUUCAACUGCUCGCCGGAAAUGGACUACAAGAGUCUCGGCAACAUCUUCAAGGGAUUGGCUUCGUCCGGGUCGUGGGGCUGCUUUGACGAGUUCAACCGACUCGUGCCCGAGGUGCUCAGUGUGUGCUCGGUCCAAUUCAAGGCCGUCUGCGAUGCCUGCAAGGCUGACGACGAGCGCUUCAUCUUGGAGAACGAACCCGUCAUGCUCGACCCGACAGUCGGCGCCUUCAUCACAAUGAACCCCGGGUACCUCGGCCGAUCGGAGCUGCCCGAAGGUCUCAAGGCGCUUUUCCGACCCAUGACGGUCAUGGUGCCCGACUUGGUCUUGAUCUGCGAAAACAUGCUCAUGGCCGAAGGCUUUACGCAAGCCAAGAUUCUCGCGUCCAAGUUUUACGGCUUGUACUCGCUCCUCGGACAGCUCCUCUCCAAGCAGCUCCACUACGAUUGGGGUCUCCGCGCGGUCAAGUCAGUGCUCUGUGUCGCCGGGUCGUUCAAGCGCGCCGAGCCCGACAUCCCCGAGCCGGAUCUGCUCAUGCGCGCGCUUCGGGACUUUAACAUUCCCAAGAUCGUCGUCGAAGACAACGUCAUCUUUUUCGGGUUGCUCGGCGACUUGUUUCCUCGCAACGACCCCAACAUUGACGUCCGGAACGACCCGCCCCGGAAGCGCGACCCGGAGCUCGAGUCGAUGGUCCAAGGUGCGUGCGAGGCCAUCAACAACAGUCCGCGCGAAGAAUUUAUGCUCAAGGUCGUCCAGCUCUCGGAGCUUCUUGCGAUCCGACACUGCGUCUUCGUCAUGGGGCCGCCAGCAUGUGGCAAGACAGAGACGUGGAAGACUCUUCGAAAAGCCCGCGAGAUCAUGGGCAUCUCGAUGGAGAUCCAGGAUCUCAAUCCAAAGUCGGUCUCGACCAACGAGCUCUACGGCUACAUUGUGCUCAAGACGCGCGAGUGGAAGGACGGCUUGCUGAGUAAGAUCAUGCGGGACCUCGGUUCGCGCACCAAAGAGAACGGCGAGGACGACACGUCGCCCAAGUGGAUCUUGCUCGAUGGUGAUCUUGACGCCAACUGGAUCGAGUCGAUGAACUCGGUCAUGGACGACAACCGCAUGCUCACGCUCGCCUCCAAUGAGCGCGUCCCGCUCAAGUCGCACAUGCGCAUGAUCUUUGAGAUCCGCGACUUGGUGUAUGCGACGCCCGCAACCGUCUCCCGCGCCGGUAUUCUCUACAUUAGCGCCACCGAGGGCUACCAAUGGCGGUGCCUCAUCGACUCGUGGCUCCUCCGACACAGCACGCCCGACCCAACAAAGAAAGCAAAGGACCAAGGACUCCUCUUCUCGCCCGAGAUGCGCGGCCAGUUCCAGGGCCUAUUUGACUCGUACAUGGAACCGACGCUCAAGUUUUUCAAAAAGCGCCUCGUGCCCAUCAUUCCGGUCGAAGAGGUGACGCUGGUCGGCAACCUCCUCAACAUGCUCGACUGUCUCUUGACGCCAGCGGUGCUGGCCGACUAUGGCGUCAUGCAGCACAACUUUUGCUUUUGCUGCGUCUGGGCGUUUGGGUCAAUCCUCACCGUCUCGGACGACGGCACCGACUAUGCGCUCGAGUUUAGCAACUGGUGGAAGAACACGUGGAAGGACGUCAAGAUCGUGGCGAGUGCGAGCAACACCGUGUUUGAUUUUUGGCUCGACCCCGAGACCGCCAAGUUUAACGCGUGGAGCAAGUCGCCGUACUUUUACACGGCCACGUACAAAUCGCCGGACCCGAUCAACCAGAUCACUGUGCCGACGACCGAGACGUCGUCGAUCGCGUUUUGGCUCGAGAAUCUGAUUUGCAAGAGCAUUCCGCUCAUGGUGUGCGGCCCCGCGGGUACGGGCAAGACCCAAAACGUCAACGGCGUGCUCAAGAAGCUCUCGCGCGAAGAUGCCAACUACGGGUUUCGGUUCACGACGCUCAACUUCAACUUUUACACGACGUCGUCGAUUCUCCAGGCUGCCAUGUUUAGCCACCUCGAGAAGAAGACGGGGUCCAACUUUGGCCCGCCGGGCAAAUUUCGGCUCAUUUACUUUAUGGACGAUCUCAAUUUGCCCGAAGUCGACCCGUACAACACCCAGUCGGCCAUCUCGCUCUUGCGGCAAAAGAUGGAAUACCGUCAUUGGUUUGACCGCGCCAAGCUCCAAGUGCAAAACAUUCUCAACACGCAAAUCGUGGCUGGUAUGAACCCGACGGCUGGGUCGUUCCUCGUGGAUCCGCGUCUCCAGCGGCACUUCACGACGUUCGCGAUGGGCAUGCCCGAGGCGCCGUCGCUCGUGACCAUCUACGAAACGUUCCUCGGCGGCCACUUGGGGACGUUCAGCGGCGAGCUCAACACGUCGUCGUUCUGGAACGCGCUCAUCAAGGCGGCGCUCACGCUGCAUACGAGCGUGGUCCAGACCUUCCGCAAGACAGCGGCCAACUUUCACUACGAGUUCAACGUCCGGCAUCUCUCGAAUGUCUUUCAGGGCCUCAUUGCGAGCAAGAAGGAGCGGUUCAACACGAGCGAGAAGUUUGUGUUGCUCUGGCUCCACGAGAGCGAGCGCGUGUAUGGCGACCGCCUCGUGUGUAAAGCCGACAUUGAAAAGUACAACCAACUCGUGCAGCUCCAAGUCAAGCGGAGCUUCCCGACAUGCAACACGUCGCGCUACUACGCGGCCGAGAACUCGUGGCCGCUGAUUUUCUGCCAUUUUACAAAGGACGGCGACCCCGAGUACGACCAAGUGAACGGCACCAACCUCGACGACCUCAAGAAGAACCUCGAGAUCCAACUGCGCGACUACAACAACAACGAGAACAACACGGCCAUGUACCUCGACUUGUUUGACGACGCGAUCAAGCACGUCGCGCGCAUUGUGCGCAUUUUGCGCAACGAAUCCGGACACGCGCUCUUGGUCGGUGUCGGUGGUUCGGGGAAGCGGUCCUUGGCGCGGUUAGCGUCGCACAUUUGCGAGUACACGGUCAAGCAGAUUUCGAUUUCAAGCAAGUAUGGCGAGAACGAGUUUAAAGAAGAUCUGCGCAAAAUGUACAUGGUCAUCACUGACCAGUGCAGUCGCAGCGAAGAGAAAGGCGGCGUCGUCUUCCUUCUCACCGACUCGCAGAUCACGAACGAGAAGUUUCUCAUCUACCUCAACGAUCUCCUCGCGUCGGGCGACAUUCCCGACUUGUUUGCCACCGAAGACAUGGACAACAUCGUCCAAAUGGUGUGCGUCAUGGCCGGCACGAAGGAGCGCAAGGAAAUCAUCAAGUUUUUCCAAAGCGAGAUCCGCAAGCGCCUCCAUCUCUGCCUCUGCUUCUCACCUGUCGGCGACGACUUUCGCAGCCGCGCGCGCAAGUUCCCGGCGCUUGUCAACUGCACCGUCAUCGAUUGGUUCCAGCCAUGGCCCAAAGAAGCGCUCUUGAGUGUCGGGAAGGAAAAGCUCAAGGACAUUAGCGACCUCCUUGGCUCGGACGAGUCGCGCGCCGGCAUUGAAAACUUUAUGCCAUUUUCGUUCGUCUCGGUGAACCAAUGCGCCGAGCGCUUUUUCCAAGUCGAGCGACGGUAUGUGUACACCACGCCCAAAUCGUACCUCGAGCUCCUCCAGCUGUACAAGAACAUUUUGAAAAAGAAGGUCAAGGAGUACGCCGGUGCGAUCGAGCGUCUCGAGAAAGGACUGCAAAAGCUCAAAGAAACGGGCGAGACGGUCGCGCGCCUCGAAGUCGAGCUCAAGGGCAAGCUCGAGCAAGCCGAAGACAAGAAAGCCGUCGCGUCCGGCAUCGCCGAGACGGUCAACAAGGAAAAAGCCAAAGUCGAAGUCGAGUCCAAGAAGGCCGAGGAAGAGGCUGCCAAAUGCGCCAUCAUCCAAGCCGAAGUCACCGAGAAGCAGCGCUCGACCAUGGAAGAUUUGGCCAAGGCCGAGCCAGCGGUGCAGCAAGCCAUGGAAGCCCUCGACUCGCUCAACAAGAAGGAUCUCGGCGAGUGUAAGACCAUGUCCAAGCCGCCGGUGGGUGUCGACGACGUCUUCGGAGCGACAAUGGUGCUGCUGGCCGGCGUGCAUCCCAACGUUGUCGUGACCAAGCAAGGCAAAGUCAAGGACUUCAAGUGGGACGCGUGCAAGAAGCAAGUGCUCGGCAACAUCCCAGAGUACAUCGAGUACCUCCUCAAGUUCAAGGACCUCGUGGACGCCAACCAAAUUCCGACGCAAAACUGGAAGGAAGUGCGCGAGUUCCUCGAAAAAGAGUACUUCAAGCCCGACAUCAUUGCGACGAAAAACAAAGCCGCCGCCGGUCUCUGCAGUUGGGUCGUCAACAUCGUCAUGUACUACGACAUCCUCGUCACGGUCGAGCCCAAGCGAAUGGCGCUGGCGGCGGCCAACUUGGAGCUCGAAGCCGCCAACAAGCGCCUCGGCGAAGUCACGUCGCUCGUAGCAGAUCUCAACGCCAAGCUCAACAAGCUGCUGGAAGAAGCUGCCGCAGCCGAAAAGGAAAAGGAAGACGCCAUCAACUCGGUCGAGCAAGGCAACCGCAAGAUGAAGCUGGCUGGCACGCUCACCAAGGACCUCAGUUCGGAAAACGUGCGCUGGGGCAUCAACGUCCUUCAGCUGCAAAAGGAGAAGGAUUUGCUCGUGGGCGACUGUCUCUUGGCGUCUGCGUUCAUCUCGUACAUUGGUCCGUUCACCAAGCCCUUCCGAGACGAGCUCAUCAAUAAGCACUGGGUGCCGUACCUGCGCAAGGCGGCGAAUGGCAACUCGAUCGCCAUGAGUGAAGAGAGCAAUCCCGUGUACAUUCUCACCAACGACGCGGAGAUUGCCGAGUGGAACACGCAGCGUCUUCCUGCCGAUCGCGUCUCGACCGAAAACGGUGCGAUUGUCGUCAACACGGUCGCCAUGGGACGCCGGCCGCUCAUCAUCGACCCGCAGCUGCAAGCGAUUGCGUGGAUCCGCGAGAAGGAGGCGCCGUUCAACCUCCAGAUCGUGCGCAUUGGUCAAAAGUUUUGGAUCGAGAAGCUCAAGACGGCGCUCGGCACCAAGACGGCGUUCCUGAUCGAAAACCUCGGCGAGAAGAUCGACGCGAUCCUGGCGCCUGUCAUCCAGCGCUCGACGUCCAAGCGCGGUAACCGCAUUGAGAUCACGGUUGGGGAUGCGUCCGUGCCGUACUGCGACGAGUUCCGCUUGUACCUCCACACGAAACUCGGGAACCCGCACUACCCGCCCGAGAUCCAGGCCGAGUGCACCAUGGUCAACUUUACCGUCACGGCGCUGGGCCUCGAAGACCAGCUGCUCAACCUCGUCGUCUCGAAAGAGCGCUCGGAUCUCGCGAUCAAGCGCGAGAAGCUCAUUCAGCAGCAAAACCAAGGCAAGAUCGAGCUCAAGAAGCUCGAAGACAUCAUUCUGCAGUACCUCGCGGAAGCCGACGACGAUAUCACCAACAACCAGCCGCUCAUUGCAAUCUUGUCCGACACCAAGUACAAGGCGCAGAUGACGCAAAACAACAUGGAAGCGGCCAAGAAGACCCAAGAGAGCGUCAACGUAACGAGCGAAAAGUACCGGUCGAUCGCCGCGCGCGGGUCGCUCCUCUUCUUCCUCAUGAUCGACCUGAGCAAAGUGCACUCGUACUACAUUUACUCGCUCGCUGCGUUCCAGCAAGUCUUUCUCCAAGGCGUGUACAACCUCCCGAUGGCAUCGCCCGUGGCCGACGAGCCUCCAGCCGACGCGGCAGUCGAUGGCGAGGCCCCGCCCCCGCCCGAUGCGCCGCCCGCCGAAGAAGCCACGAUCGAGUUUUCGGACGAAGACAUUGCCGCGCGCUGCACAGGCUUGAUUUCCAGCAUCACCAUGUGCGUCUUCAACUACAUUCGGCGCGGCCUCUUCGAGCGCGACAAGCUCACGGUCGCGACGAUGCUCUGUCUCAAGAUCUUGCUGCGCGACGGCGGCCUCGUCGACGCCGAGGUCGACGCCUUCCUCCUCGCAAAGUCAGUGGCCGAGCCGGGCAAUAUGGGCGUUCUCGCCGAGUGGCUGCCGCCGUCCUGUUUUGCCAAGCUCAAAGCGCUCGAGACCCUAAAAGUGUUUGCCACCGUGGCCGAUGUCAUGCAGAACGACCCGGACGAAUGGCGCAAGUGGUUUGCCGCCGAAGACGCCGAGCAGUGCAAGCUCCCGGGCGACUUUACCAAGCUCACGCCAUUUCAAAAGAUCAUUCUUCUCCGCGCCCUGCGGCCUGAUCGUGUCACGAACGCCCUCCGGCGCUUCAUUCUUGACGCGCUCGGCGAACAGUAUGUGACGCAGCCGCCGUUCGACAUGCUUCAGACGUUUGAGGAGACGAACCCUGCGAUCCCGAUUUUCUUUGUGCUCUUUCCCGGCGUGGACCCGACGCCGUGGGUCGAGGACCUUGGGCGCACCAAGGGCGUCAGCAUCGAAAACGACAACUUUAUCAACAUUUCGAUGGGCCAAGGCCAGGAGCAGCAUGCUGGUGACUGCCUCAAGAAACUCGCAACCAAGGGCGGCUGGAUCAUUCUCCAGAAUGUGCAUCUCAUGCAGUCGUGGCUGCCGAUGCUCGAGCGCCAGCUUGAAGAAAUCGUCGGCGAAGGGCCGCACGAGCUCUUCCGAUGCUUCAUUUCGGCCGAGCCGCCGCCGAUUCUGCUACCGCUUGAGCUCAACGUACCGGAAUCGCUCAUGCAAAGCUGCAUCAAAGUGGCCAACGAAGCACCCUCCGACAUUCAGUCGAACCUUCGCCGUGCGUGGGCGACGUUCGGCGAAGACAAGGUCGAUGCGUGCACGAAACCCACCGAGUUCAAAGCAUGUCUCUUCUCGCUGUGCUGGUUCCAUGCCAUCGUGCUUGGGCGUCGGCGCUUUGGGCAGCAAGGCUGGAGCCGUGCGUACAGCUUCAACACGGGUGACCUCACGAUUUGCGGCAACGUGCUCCAGAGUUACUUGGACAACAACGCGACAGUACCGUGGGACGACAUUCGAUACAUCUUCGGCGAAAUCAUGUACGGUGGGCACAUCACUGACAGCUGGGAUCGCCGCACCAACAACACAUACCUCACCGUACUCAUCAACCCGGGUUUGCUCAACGGUAUGGAGCUUGGACCCGGCUUCAAGUCGCCAAACCCGGCCGAGUUUUCCUUCUCGGAUUACGCGACGUACAUUGAAAAGAACAUGGUACCCGAGUCACCUCCGCUCUUUGGCUUGCAUCCGAACGCCGAGAUCGGGUAUCUCACGACGACGUGCGAGACGCUCUGCUACACGAUUGUCAGUAUCGGUGGCGGCGGCAGCAGCGGCGGCGGUGGCGGCUCGGACAAGACGGCGAUGCUCAAGGCGACAAUCGACGAUUUCGAGGCGCGAACGCCCGAGUUUUUCAUGAUGCUCGACUUGCAAGAGGUCGCGGCGCCCGGGUUGACCCAAGACCACGGUCCGUUUGUCGUCGUUGCGCUCCAAGAGUGCGACCGCAUGAACGUGCUUUUGGACGAGAUUCGCAAGUCGCUGGCCGACCUCAAGAAAGGUCUGAACGGGCAGCUCAACAUGUCCCAGUCCAUGGAAGACCUCGCGACAGCGAUUGGGCUCAACGAAGUGCCUGGUCGCAACCCGUUUUCCCAGUGCAAGUGGGAACGGAAGGCGUGGCCGAGCAAGAAGUCGCUCUCCGGUUGGUUUGUGGACAUGGUCAAGCGCCAUGCGCAGCUGCAGAAAUGGGCUUCGGACUUCAUCACGCCCUUCUCGCUUUGGCUCCCAGGGCUCUUCAACCCCACAGCCUACACGACUGCGUGUCUUCAAGUCACGUCGCGCCGCAAGCUGAUGCCACUCAACAAGAUGACGGUCGAGACGCACAUGACGACGGUCAUCAACGCCGACGCCAUGACGUACUACCCGGACGACGGUGUCUUUGUUCACGGCCUCUUCAUCGAAGGCGCGCGUUGGAGUACGGUCGAUGAAAUUCCGACCAAGUACAAGGUCGGAACGUCGCCGGCGACCGAGUGUGGUGGCAUCGUCAUGGACAGCAACCCAAAAGAGCUUCUGUGGAUGAUGCCCGUUGUGUAUGUCAAGGCUGUCGAGACCAAGCCGCUUUGGGAACCCACAUCCGUGGGCUACUUGCGCCACGAUCCCACAAUUUACGAGUGCCCCGUGUAUCUCACACGCUUCCGCGGUCCGACCUAUGUCCUCCUCGCGACGCUGCCGACCGACUGCGGGCAAGAAAAAUGGGUUCUUCGUGGUGUAGCGGUUCUCUUCCAAGAUGACAACUAAGCAUCAUGUCUAUUUGUACAGCUUUUACA